GAUAUACAAGACUUUAUAGACAAAACAGAGAAUGUUGACCUAGUACAAAUAAACCAAUAUAUUGCCUCAACCGAUGACCAUUUAAAGGAAAACGUUAGUAUAUUUGACAAGUUGUCACAAAAGGUAAAGACCCAGAAUAACAAAUUAAAAGAGGAACUUGACCUGCUGUCGACCCAGACUUUGUCUCUCUAUAAACAAAUGGAGGAGGACAAUGCCAAGUUACUACAAACCUACAAACGGGACCUGGAAACGUACAGGACAGAUCUUGAACAAAAAGUACAGGAAUGUAAGAAAGCACUUCAGCGUGGUUCUCACUUUAACGUUGGAUAUGAUAUCCAUUACCCUGUCAAUAUUCCCCUACAACCUACCCUUGGUAUGGCUACAUUCACACCGAACAGAACUCCCGGAGAAUGCCUGAAAAAGGCCUUAGGAGAAGUCACCAUCUCGGCUCAGAGUCAGGGUCGAGUGCCACAUGGGAAUGAUCGGUUAGUUGGGUCAUCUGGAGAACGACUGUCUACUACAUCACAGCAGCCUUCGCAGAAGUUUCAGACGCCGCCUGUUCAACAACGAUCAAAGAAAAGAAAGGAAGAAUUUGGUCCUAUAUACACCCUUUUGACAAAGACGAAACAGUUUCGGGAGUGGACGUCUCGAUGUCAAAUUUCAUCUGCAUGCCCAAAUAUGGAUGACCAAUUGUGGACAUGUGACAACUACCGUGAUUCACUAACUCUCUUUGACAGGGAAGGGAAUACAAUACAGGAGGUCAAACACGAUACUAGGAUCUGGGACAUCAGUCUGUCACCCAUAACCAACACGCUGUGGGCCUGCGACUGGGAACACAAUAUCUCAGAGCUCGUGUCAGGACGGCUGGAACACAGAUUCAGUACCUAUGAGAAACCAGAGUGUAUCUGUAUUACAGCCAGUAACCAUGUUAUUGUGGGGAUGGCCGGACAAAUCUCAAAAUUCACCACGAAAGGUGAAUUGUUACCUACAACCUCGGCUACAGCGGCUGGCGAGCCAUUAGUUAGUUUACCAUACAGAGUGUCAGAGUGUCGGCUAACCCACAACCUUGCAAUGAUUGUCUUGAACGAUGAAAGUGUUUGUUGUGACGGAAAUCAACACAUGCUUGUUGUCAUGGACACACAUUUCAAGGAACUGUUUGUAUAUGAUGGUGAAGUCCCUGAUACUUAUCAACCAACAUCACAGUCGGGAGAUAAACCAUUUGAGCCCCGGGAUGUGGUGUUGACAAUGCAGGUAACAUUAUCAUAGGGGACUAUAAUAACAACCGUGUCCUACUCCUCAGUGGGCAUGGCGAGUUCCUCAGGGUCUUACACACAGAUAUCUACGAGGUAUAUGCUGUCGGUGUAGACAGGGAGGAUGCGCUAUAUACAGUGUGUAGGGGUGGAAAAGUCAAGCUACUACAGUACUACAGUGUGGUUUUCCCAACACCUGUAUACCCUAAGCAUAUCUUAGACACUUUUUCACAAUGGCUAAAUUUAAUACCACUUAGGUGGAUCAUGUGAUCAGAAGACACUUGGCCAUGCCAAACACCAAUGUUUUGAAGCUGAACCAGACGGUGAUAAGCUUUCAGUUCAAUGUUACAAGGCUUAUGUCACAUUGAUAGAAAAGCAUGGCAAUUUUGUCAAUGAAAAUGUUACACACAUUUGUUACAAAGCAUCAGUAUAUGCAAUUGCUACAAGAACAGUUAUUAAUGUUGUACAUAUAAUAACAACCGAUCAAUCAAUCAAUAUUUCACUUUCUCUAUUUUGGCUUAUCAAAAUGGUUAUCACAUUUGGGUCCAAAUAUAGAAAGUUAAAUUAAAGUUUUGUAACAUAAUAUAAUAUGGAUAAACGACACUUGUCAACUUGCCACACUUUGGACUUUUUAGAAUAAUGCUUUUAAAAAAGAAACCUUAAGAAGUAUUGAAGUAAAAUACUCAUAUACCUUUUUACACUGUUUAUUCGUCUGCCGCGUAUAAUAUUAUUUAGAAAAGCAGUAUGUCGUGUUUGGCCUGUAGAGCUGAACAGAAUUUGUGACUCAGAGUUAAAAAAUAUGUUGUUUUUUUUUAAUUUGCCGCGCUACAAUAUAGCCAUUCCCAUUGUUGAACACAAGCCUUUGUCUGUGGCAUAAACAGCACCUCAGUUUUGACAGCAUUUGUUCAUAAUAGCCAUAUAGGAUUUUUUUGGGUAUAACUCCUCUUUCACGAAACAAAACAAAUGUUCAUUUCCAGCGCCACUUAAAGGAAACUUUCUAGUAAAAAAAGGUUUCAGAUCACUAAAAAGACUUAUGUGUGUUUUUAUUUUCAUUUCUCGAAAUUCCUCGUCAUCAAAGAGUGAAAAUAACAUAUUUUUAUUAGUUUUGAUAAUAAGUGAUCAUGCGAAAUCUAAUUGAUGUUUUUUUUUCAAUAUUAACACAUGUUUAUAAUGUAUAUGUAUACAGGGUGCUUCUGUACUAUCAGGUGGAGGAUGUUUGGUUGUAUUUAGAUGUAAAAUCCAAAUCUUAAGUGAAGUAUGGAGUUUGAGAAAUAUGAUUAAUAAUGCGAAAUUUGUGUUUGCUGCACCACUGGUCACUAUGCCACGUAUUUGUUAUCACGUGGAUUAACCAAUCAGAAGGUGUGAAACAUUGUUUUAUAAGAAAACCUGAAUUUCUUUAAGUUUGUGAUAUUUUUGGAUUUUGAUAUGAAUUUGUGUGUUGUUGACUCUGGAUUAGUCAAUGCAUUUAAUGUCCUCAUCAUUUCAUGCUAAGGCCUUUGUAUAUACAAUGUAUGAUGUAUAAGAUCCAUGCUAUUCCGCCUCCCUCCUCUUUUACUGACCUAAACUGAAGUAUUUUGAAAGAUGACCAUUUGUUAAAAUGCAACUUUUAGAAUAUUCCUAUAUCAUUUAAAUCCACCCAAUCAUGUUUGUGCCACAGCCAAAUUAAUCUAAACACUUUUCUUACCAUCUCCGAUAACCUAUGUCGAAUGCCUUUUGCUGGUCUAGGAAUAUAACUGACCCACCCUUAGUCGCUUGCCCUGUACAUGCAAUAACAUUAGAUAAUAAUGGUACAGUAUUGUAUUUUCAAUGUCCCUAGGGUCCCUUCGUAAAUCCUUUGUAAUCACUGUGAAUAAAUUUUGGAAGAAAUGGUUUGGUUUCAGCUGAAAGAACUUUUGUUAUGAUUUUAUAAUCAGAAUUUAGUUGAAAUAUUGGACGGCAAUUUACUAAUUUUAUAUAUCACUGUUAGUUGUACGUUAGUACUCAGCAAAGGUUACAUCUAGCUUUUCUAUGACUUUCAAUCCAGAUUAUAUAUUUUCUCCUAGAUUUUUUUUAUCAAACUUGGUUUGGAGUAAGAAAUAUGCCAGACUUGAUUUGUAAAAUGAAAAAAAUUAAAUAAGUGCUUGUAUACUUAUGAGGAUUUUUGCAGAAGAUAUCAUUUUUCCACACCUCAACUCUAUUACGGGCUGAGACAAGCUCUUACAAAUAUAUGGCCCGAGUUUAAAAACAAGAAAGGUUGUAGAGAUGUGUACGACAUUUUUAUUUCUAGACUCAAGUUUAAUACAAAGUACAUUGAAAAUGGUCCAAUAUAUUAGAAACUAGUGAAAUUGAACUAAAACAAAAUCAGAUAAAAGUGUUUAAAGUAACAAAUGGUGUAUCGUCGAUAUGGCUCCAGUACAGGCUUAGAUAUAGAAUAUCGGCAACAAAUUACUACCUUACUAAGAUAAAUAUAUAUGAUGAUUCUACUUGUACCUUUUGUAAAGAAGUUUAAACACUUUUACAUGUUUUAUGAUCGUUGACACAUUGAGAGGCUGUGGAUAUUACUUGAAAAUUUGAUCAUUGAAAAAACCUAUCUAUACAUUCAAAUCUGUCAAAAAAGCAAAUACUGUUUGGAAAACAAGGUAAACACUAUGACAUAUAUAACCUUGUUAUGCUCAUUGUUAAACAAUAUACAUAUAUAAACAGCGUGUUGAAGGGGAACAACUCAUGAUUGAAAAAGUACAGCGAAUACUUGUGACUAUUACACUAUGGGAAAAUAUACAUCAACCUUAAAUAGUAGGUACACUUUAUUUACUCAGAGGCUAUUUUUCAUAAUCUUUUUGAUCAAUAGACAAAAAAUAUAUAUUGUUUCAUGCAUUUUUUUCAUCACUUCUAUCACAUUUAUUCUAUACUGGUUAUGUUGCCUUCUAUGAUUUUUUUUUGACCUAUUAGCUAUAGCUUAGCAACCUACUUUGUAUUCAAGUUAUAUAUAUAUAUAGUUUGGGUAUGUAAGUAUGUGUAAAAGUUGUCUUUGUUUCUUUCUGUAUCAUAUGAAUACUUUAUGUUGAAAAUCUAAAUAAAAAUUUAAAAGGUAAAAAAAGCCUUCAUUUGAUACCGUUUUGAUGUCCGUCGUAAAUCCAUUAUUCGUUGUACCAAUUUUGCGAACUUAAAUUGUUAAGAGAGGUUUUCAUAAGCAACAAAUAUUCAUGUACUCGAUCAUAAUGACCUGAAUGUAUUGUUGUCGUUGUCCUAGUCAGUUACAACCUAUGCUGGUCCAGAUAACAAUUAUUACACUAAAUUAAACUUUGUUUAAUGUAAUAUAUGAAUGUUCCUCAAUAUGUUUUAAUAAAUCUAAAUUAAUUUUUAUUAAAUUGUAAAGGAAAUGUCAAUUAUUGCACCAAACUAAUGCUGGGCACGAUACACGGUUACUAUGUUAGAGUACAAUGUUAGGGUACAAUGUUACUAUGUUAGGGUACAAUGUUACUAUGUUAGGGUACAAGGUUACUAUGUUAGGGUACAAGGUUACUAUGUUAGGGUACAACGUUACUAUGUUAGGGUGCAAGGUUACUAUGUUAGGGUACAAGGUUACUAUGUUAGUGUACAAGGUUAAUAUGUUAGGGUACAAAGUUACUAUGUUAGGGUACAAAGUUACUAUGUUAGGGUACAAGGUUACAAUGUUAGGUUACCAGGCUACAAUGUUAGGGUAUAAGGUUACUAUGUAAGGGUACAAAGUUACUAUGUUAGGGUACAAGGUUACUAUGUUAGUGUACAAGGUUAAUAUGUUAGGGUACAAGGUUACUAUGUUAGGGUACAACGUUACUAUGUAAGGGUACAAGGUUAAUAUGCUAGAGUACAAGGUUACUAUGUUAGGGUGCAAGGUUGCUAUGUUAGGGUACAACGUUACUAUGUUGGGGUACAAAGUUACUAUGUAAGGAUACAAUGUUACUAUGUCAGGGUAGACUGUUACUAUGUUAGGGUACAACGUUACUAUGCUAGGGUACACAGUUUCUAGGCUUUGGGCCUAAGUCAAAACGUUUUGGUCAUACAAUAGCUGUGUUAGGGCCCUAGAUUUAUAAGUAGAGGUCCUUAGAGAAAACUAUGGUACUGUCCCAGGCUUCAAAGUUGAGUCUCUAGGAUAGAACUCUGCUAUGGUCUGAUGUUACUUAGAUAUGUAAUGAUACAUGUAUGUAAACAUAAUUAAUUUGUUUGUAGUUGUACAUGCAUACAUAAACGAAUAUUCUAAUAAACGCUUUGAACUCCAAAGUUGUAAAA